CACGGGCCGGGAGCCAUGGCUUCCCUGGAUGCUGAGGGGGAGGCUAACAGCACGGUGCAGGCCACAGCAGAACCAGAACUCCUGGUGCUGGAUAGGAGCCCCAGCAGUGAAGUAAUUCAAGAGCUUGGCGAAGUGGCAGAACCGCCCCCCAAGAAACCGGGGCAGCUGUCGAACCCCGUGGCGGGUGCCGGAAGUGCGAUGGGAAACAUCGCUUUGCAGAAUAACAAGGAGGCGCCGUGCUCCGGGGCCAGCCAAGAGAUCGCGGCGAAGGCCCCCGACCCUGAAACCACGGUGGCUACGGGCGCCCGAGGGGAAGAGCCGGCAAGCGUCGAGGCUCAGUGUAAACCUGGUGAGCCCUACCCGGGCUUGGAGUGCCUGUCCUCUGACACUGUGGCUGUCAGUCGGCUGGGGUCUCAACCCGGAGCUCUCCCUGCCAAGGGCUUGUCAGGCCAUGCUGCCAAAACAUUCCCUGCCUCCCCCACCAAGGCUCCAGGGGCCAACAGGGCUAAGAUGACACUAACCGGGCUCAACAAGUCUCCGAACUCCAUUCAGAGCCUAGCCAUGAAACUGCUGAGUGUGCCGACUGGACGGGCGGGGAACGAGGUGGCAGCAGUCCCAGUGGAGGCGCAGAGACUGAUCCCAGCUCAGGAUGAGAAGCCCAAGAUCCACAAAGCACGGAAGUCGAUAUCCAGAUCCAGCGUCAGUCAGAGAUUGCCUACAGAACUGGGGACCUUGCCCACCGAACGGACGAGCCUGGCCCCUGGGGUGACGGCAGAGGCUGAGCACGCAGUCCCGGGUCAGGACGAGAAUCAGGAGGUGCACAGAGCGAGGAAGUCGAUACUGAAAGGCGGCUUCAGUCAGAGCUUGGCGGAGAAGUUGGCGAGCUUGCCCAUUGGACGGGCAGUUGGUGAACCUCCUGGGGGAAUGGCAGAGCCAGAGCAUGCAGUCCAGGCUCAGGAUGAGAACCAGGAUAUUCACCGAGCCAGAAAGUCAAUCCUCAAAGGCAGCUUCAGCCAGGGUCCAGCAAAGAGGAUGGCAAGCAUGCCGACUAGUCGGGUAGUCACUGAGGUUGCCGCGGAGACGGAGGUUAUGGUCCCAGACCUGGAGGAGUACCCAGAGAUUCACAGAGCGAGAAAAUCCUUUCUCUCAACAAGCAUUAACCAGAGUUUGACCAGGAGCCUACCAAGCGAGAUCGUUGGCCAGGGCGGGAGUGAGGUGUCGAUGGUGACAGCAGAGAGACAGGAUGCUCCCCAGGACCAGGUGGAGAAAGUGAAAGUCCACAGAGCCAGGAAGUCCAUGUUUAAACCCAGCCCUGCUCAGAUCAAGCUGGUGGAAAUGAAAGGUGACUCUUGCCACCCCGAUCCUGUUAACCCAAGUACACAGCAACAGUUUGAGUUGCUGCCCAGCAGAGGGGCGGCUGAUGCUGAAGCAGGUGUGCCAACAGGACUCAUCAGGAGAAGGAAACCCGAAAGCAUAGGCCUUGAGCCCCCGAAGAAGAUCAGUCUUCUAAAGGAGGAAAUGGCCAAGGAGCCUAUACCACUGGGAUCUGUGAGAGCUGGAGUGAGGGGAGGAGCUGAGCCGUUGACCAGCGGUGGGGCCUUGAAUUUGAGUGGUGCAAUGAGUAGGGCCCACCCACAGGAGGCGAAAGUGGUCACUGGUGUGGCCAGCUCAAUUCCAGUCCUGGACCUCUCGAAGGAUGCGGAGCCUGAGGAAAAAGAGGAGGAACCAAUGGAAGUGCUGGACGAAUGGGAUGCAGAGGUGGGCGAUGACUUCAGCCUCUUCUAUGACAGCUACUCGGUGGAUGGGAGAGCAGAUUCAGACAAAUCCAGCAAGACAGAGGGCGAUGCAGCCGAGGAUCGAUUGAGUGAUGUGGAGGAUGACGAGGAGGAACUAGAAGGUUCUGGAAAUGUCUCCGACAGGAGCUCCAACUCAAGUCUGAAAAGGAAAGGGAAGAAGAAGUGGAAGAGCGAGAGCCCAUGGGUGAAACCCACCCGAAAACGCAGGAGAAAGGAUCGCAUGAAGCAGGGUAAAGGGGCAGUUCCAGUGGGACAGACAGCAGCCGAUUUCACAAAACUGAAAGAAGUGAUGAAUUCAGGAGGAGGAAACCAGGUGCAGAGCGAGUACACAGAGGUUCCCCUGGGGUCUCUGGAGCUUCCCAAUGAGAGCAGCCUUUCCCCGCAGCCUACAGGAGUAUCCAAUGAUGCCAGCUCCAUGGAGACGGAUAAGUUUGAGGAGUUGCCGCUGUGCAGUUGCCGAAUGGAGGCGCCAAAGAUUGAUCGUAUUACCGAGCUCUCCAACAACAAGUGCAUGGCGACGGAAAGCACAGACGGACAGCUGAGUGGCUGCAGUAACAGCAUCACCAAAUGUGAGACCAUGAGACCCUCCAGCCGUGUACCACUGAUGGUCCUGUGUGAAGUACACAGGGCUCGAAUGGUGAAACACCACUGCUGUCCAGGCUGUGGCUACUUCUGUACAGCGGGAUCAUUCCUGGAGUGUCAUCCAGACUUCAGGAUUACUCAUCGCUUUCACAAGAGCUGCGUCUCUCAGCUCAAUGGGAUGAUCUUCUGCCCGCACUGUGGGGAGGACGCCUCGGAGGCCCAGGAGAUCACAGUGGCUAAAGCAGAUACGUCCAGCAUGGUGCCGGUACCAGCACCUCCCAGCCAGGAACACCUGAUGAACGGCAGAGCAGACACCACACACGCCAGCGCCAGAAUGAGCGGGAAUGGAGAAGCAAAGAAAUCGAGUCUGGAACCCCCGGCGGACAGUAUCGACAGCUCGGGCCCCUCGAUCGCCCUGCCUUGUGGAAAGACUCUGUCAGCUGUCGGACUUCCACCCGGACCAGGUAGAGAGGCCCUGGAGAAAGGGCUGGUUCUCCAGCAAACGGAAAGGCGGAAGAAACUGCGAUUUCACCCUCGACAGUUGUACCUCUGGGCCAAGCAGGGAGAACUGCAGAAAGUGCUGCUAAUGCUGCUCGAUGACCAUGAUCCCAACUUCCAGACGGACCAGCAGAGCCGCCGCAUGCCUCUCCACGCAGCUGCCCAGAAAGGCUACCUGGAGAUCUGCCACAUCCUGCUGCAGGCUGGUGCAACGGUUGACGUGUGUGACAAGCUCCAGAGGACUCCACUGAUGGAAGCCAUCAUGAACAACCAUUACGAUGUUGUUAAAUUGCUGGCUAAGCAUGGGGCGUGUGUCUUCCACAAGGAAUUAGACGCUUCCUCAUGUUUGCACCAUGCUGCUAAGAAUGGGAGUGUCCAAAUGGUGCAGUUCUUGCUGGCUACUGGGCAAGUGGACUUGAACACACAGGACAGUGGUGGUUGGACUCCAGUUAUUUGGGCGGCAGAACACAAACACAUUGAAAUUAUCAAACUGCUCCUGGGUCGAGGGGCCAAUGUCACCUUGAAGGACAAUGAGGAGAACAUCUGUUUACACUGGGCAGCCUUCGCUGGCUCCUCCGACAUCGCCGAGGUGCUUCUUAACGCCAGGUGCGAUCUACACGCGGUGAAUAUGCACGGAGACACCCCACUACACAUCGCAGCUCGCGAGAACUUCUACGACUGUGUCAUACUGUUCCUGUCCCGCGGAGCGGACAUCGAGGUGAAGAAUCGCGAGGGGGACAGCCCGCUGGAUUGCUGUGUCAUGAACUCCCAGGUUUGGUUUGCCCUCCAGCUCAACAAGAGGCUGAAGCAAGGCAUCAUGAACCGAGCAGUUCGCACAGAGAAGAUCGUCAGCAGGGACAUUGCCAGAGGUUACGAAAAUGUCCCAAUACCAUGUGUGAAUGCAGUGGACGCCGAAACCUCCCCGGAGGAUUACAAAUACAUCUCUGAGAACUGUGAGACGUCCACGAUGAACAUCGACCGAAACAUCACACACCUUCAGCACUGUACCUGUUUGGAUGACUGUUCCUCCAGUAACUGCCUCUGUGGGCAGCUCAGUAUUCGCUGCUGGUAUGACAAGGAUGGGCGUCUUUUGCAAGAAUUCAACAAGAUUGAGCCUCCUCUGAUCUUCGAGUGCAAUCAGGCCUGUUCCUGUUGGCGGUCGUGCAAGAACCGUGUGGUACAAAGUGGAAUCAAAGUUCGCUUACAGCUCUACCGGACGGAGAAGAUGGGCUGGGGAGUGCGAGCGCUGCAGGACAUUCCACAAGGGACCUUCAUCUGUGAGUAUGUGGGUGAGAUCAUUUCAGACGCUGAGGCAGAUGUGCGUGAAGAUGACUCCUACCUCUUUGACCUGGAUAAUAAGGACGGGGAGGUAUAUUGCAUCGACGCCCGUUACUACGGCAACGUGAGCCGCUUCAUAAACCACCUGUGCGACCCAAACAUCAUCCCCGUCCGUGUCUUCAUGCUGCACCAGGACCUCCGAUUUCCCCGGAUUGCGUUCUUCAGCAGCCGGGAUAUCAAGACGGGCGAGGAACUCGGCUUCGAUUACGGAGACCGAUUCUGGGACAUCAAGUGUAAAUAUUUCACCUGCCAGUGCGGGUCGGAGAAAUGCAAGCACUCAGCAGAGGCCAUCGCACUGGAGCAGAGCCGCUUAGCUAGGCUGGAGUCGUACCAGGACACCGUGCCCGAGAGCAGCCUGACUGUCGUCGGACCCUCGGAGACAUCCUCAUCCCGCCACUGCCUCAAAUUGUCUAAGUUGGCACAGGUCUCGGAUCAAGACUGUACUGCGUGACCCAAACAGAAAGAUGUCCCUGUUUGUUAGUGGUUUCAUAUAUGUGUACCUGAAGAAAAGUUAUAUAUUUUUUGUAGUGGAGUAGAGCGUGACUUGAACUGUAGACUGUGAAAGUUGCCAAUGUGGCUGCUUUGUGACACUUAACUGGCCAUUUCACCAGUUUCUUUCCGUGUCCAGUGGCAGUUUGACAGCCUGGGUCGGACCUGGUUUCAUAUACUCAGCAGGAUAUGUGAGCAAUCUACUGGCACGUACCUCAGUGAAGGUUUGAAGAAUCUGCUCAAAUGUAUUUGGUUGCGAUGAUAUUAAAGCCCUGGACCCCACCACCCUGGAAAAGAAACAUGAAUUGUUUUGUUUUUUUUUUAGAAAGCACUGCUGUUCAGGAUUUUGUUUCUGUUUGAUACUGUUCAUUAAAAGACCAUUAUACUCGUUUUUUUUAAA